AGCACACCCUGUAAACACCCCGUGAUAGUGCUGCAGGAUGUGGCGUGGACGGACCUGCACGCGCUCGUCGAGUUCAUCUACCACGGCGAGGUGAACGUGCACCAGAGGUCGCUGUCGUCGUUCCUCAAGACGGCCGAGGUGCUGCGCGUCAGCGGGCUCACGCAGCAGCACGGAGAUAGCCGCGACCAGUUGGCCCAAGUCCAGAGCAUGAUCAGACCGCCGCAGCUGCCCACCCCCGUCUCCAACCACUUCGACAAGCACCAUCCCGACGACCCGCCCCCGCCACAUUUCGCCGCCCCCGCCUCGCCGCCGCACGGCGCUACCGUCAACCAGAUACUGCGCCGCGCGGCCAUGCAGUACCGGCGCGAGCGGCGCAUAUCCGCCGAGCCGGUGGAGGGGGCGGAGCACAAGCGCCUCAGGGCGGAGCACCUGUUGAUCGGGAACAACAAUAAUAAUAACGACUUGUUGCAUCCGCCGCAAACGCAGCCUGCGGAUUUUUCGCCUAGUGGGAUGAAGAACAACGUGCUCAAUUUGAAUGUGAACUCGACGAUAAAGAACGAUAUUGAAGGCAACGGCAUCAGCAGCACGGGCACCGACCGCGACCGCUCGCCCUGCUCCCCCACCGCCACCGUCCUCUCGCGCUGCCACGACAACAACAACCACGACCCCAUCAAGCGCGAGCCGCCCGCCGACCCGCCGUGCGACAGCCGCGAACCGCCCAGCGACGACUCGGCCGACGGGGCGAACGGCCUGGUCGCCCACGGGCUGGCCCACGGGCCGCUGUCGGGCAGCUCAGGCGACCCCGAGGACCAGGACGGCGCCAUCGGGGCGUACUUGACGGCGGGCGAGGGGAAGAUGUUCGCAGGCGCGGGGUUCAAUUUCAGUAUGGCGGCGCUGGCGGCGGAUCCUACGGGGCUCGGAGGUUUAAAUCACUCUCUACAAGGAAAUGAUGGUUUGGCAGGCACCUCACAAGGUUUGGACGACUUUCGAUGUCAACCGUGCAACAAAAGCCUCAGCUCGCUAACGAGACUCAAGAGACAUAUACAGAACGUACACAUGCGCCCCUCCAGAGAACCAGUUUGCAACAUAUGCAAGAGGGUAUACAGCAGCCUAAAUUCCUUAAGGAACCACAAGAGCAUUUACCAUCGGAACGUUAAGAACAUAAAAACCGAGGACAUGAUAUCACCCCACCCGUUUUAUCUCUGA